CUUGCCGUAAAAGAAUUGUCUUCAUCGAUUGGGAAAGUAUCAUCUCUGAUAAGAUUAAGUCUUAGAAAUUGUUCAAGGCUUGAAUGUCUUCCAAGUAGCCUUUGUAAUUUGACAUCUCUUCGAAGGCUUGAUCUCUCUGGUUUGUCAAAUAUAAAGAUGGUUCCAGAGUUCCCACCUGAGAUCCUAGAGUUGUAUUUUGAUGGACUUGCAGUAAAAGAAUUGUUUUCAUCGAUUGAGAAAGUAUCAUCUCUGAUAAAAUUAAGUCUUAGAAAUUGUUCAUGCCUUGAAAGUCUUCCAAACACCAUUGAUAAGUUGAAAUCUCUGAAAUAUCUUUGUAUGUCGGGUUGUUCAAAGCUUGAAAGACUGCCUGAUGUCUUGGGAAAGUUAGAGAGCUUGGAAGCAAUUGAAGCUAGUGGAAUUACUGUUAAAGAGCUGCCUUUAGUUAUGGUUGUUCUAUCAGCUUUGCAAUUUUUAAAGAGAUUAGAGUUGAAUUACUGCAGUAUUACAGAGUUACCCAAUAAUAUUGACAAUCUGCCCUUACUCGUAGAUCUAGAAUUGGAAGGAAACAAUUUUGAGAGCAUCCCAACAAACAUCAUGAACCUUUCCAAGUUACAAAGCCUUAACAUAAGGUUUUGUGAUAGGCUUCAAUCCUUACCAAAGCUUCCACGCAAUAUAAAAGAACUUCUAGCAGAUGGUUGCAAAUUGCUGAAAGAAUUAUCAGGUUUUACAAAUCUAAUAACUCCAGGACCUGAUAGAAGGUCACUGAGCUUGUUCAAUUGUGUCAGUCUGGAUUGGGACGCAAUCAGAAACAUUUUGAGUGAUUCUAUAUUGGAUGCGUACUCAAGUAAAAUUAACCAUUUCGCAUAUAAGGUAACUCCCCAGCGAGAAGUUGAAAUUUGUUACCCUGGAAGUGACAUUCCGGAAUGGUUUAACAUUCAAAGUAGUGGAUCAGUUAUUAAGUUACCACAAGGUUCAUUCAAUGAGAAGGUUCUGGGUCUUGCCUUUUGUUUCAUUGUUGAAGUUGAAGAUAAUUGUGAUGAGUGUAAUUUCUUUGGUGUUGGUUCUACGUUGUGACUGAGUCGCCCUGAUGUGGACAGAAUGUAUAGUGAACAGACGUAUCUUUUGACCAAGUGUAUUAAGUCAGAUCAUGUAUUAGUGAUAUAUGACCACAUUAUAUGGGAGAUAUUUGGGACAGAAGAUUUUAAAUUCGCUUGUUAUAUGGAAGCCGUUAUCUCUUUCCGUCCCUUAGAUAGUUUAGAAUUUACAGAGACAAAUUGGAUAAAAAAUAUAAAGAAGUGUGGGGUUCGUUUAUUGUUCACUGAAGAGUUGGAGGAAACUAUGAAAAGAUCAGGAUGUUCCAUCCAUGGUGAAGAAGAUGGAUUUAAAUCUUCAAAUUUCUAUAAAGGCGAAUCCAGCUCAAGGUAUGUAAUUACAUAACUUAUAUAUAUACGCCUUCUUAACUGUAUAUAAUUAUGUAAUGCUUUCUCUAUGUCUAUACUAUUUUCAUGCUUAUGACUGAUUUCUGAAUGGUUUUCUUCUGGUCUGUGUUAUCAUUUCUAUAUAUGUUCAUAUAAUUUGGAAUUCUCAGAAUUCAAAUUUGUAAUUCUCAGAAUUCAAAUUUGUAAUUUAUGAUUAGUGUUAUUAUUAGUAGAAUCAUGAACUCAAUCUUUAAAGAAUAUAUUUUUUUGGUCUCUUUCACCAACCAUAUUGUCGCAACUCAAAAGACAAUUGGGGCCUUCCAUAGUCAGCCAACCUCUACCGGACUGCAUGACUGAAAAAGGGGAAUUGGAGCUUCUGCCGAGGGAAGUUCUCAAGCACAGGUAUACCGACAAUGGUGAGCUGGAGGUUUUUGUUGCCUGGAAAAA